AUGAGUAGGGCGCUACAAGAAGCAGAACCGCGGUAUAGCAAACUGGAAAAGCUGGCACAGGCACUCUUGACCUCUUCCGGCAGACUAAGGCAAUACUUCCAAGGCCACCAGAUCGUCGUGAGGACGGACCAAGGAAUCCGUCAAGUACUCCAAAAACCCGAUUUAGUGAGAAGAAUGAUGACUUGGGCCAUCGAGCUCUCCCAGUAUGACCUGCGGUAUGAGCCCUGGCAUGCGAUUAAGGCACAAGCAAUGGCCGACUUCUUGGUAGAAGUAACGGGGGACCCAACCGAGGAAACGGGAAAACGGUGGAGGCUCCACGUAGACGAGGACUCCAACCAAAAGUUCGGAGGAGCCGGGUUCAUCUUGGAAAGCCCUGCCGGGGUCGUAUACGAGCAAUCGAUCAAGUUUGAGUUCCCGGUGUCAAACAACCAAGCGAAAUAUAAAGCCCUCUUGGAAGGCCUAACCCUAGCUCGUGAAGUCGGGGCGACGAGGCUGGAGGUGUGCAGCGACUCACAGGUCGUCACCUCACAAGUGAAUGGGAGCUACCAAGCCAAAGACUCGCUAUUGCAAAAGUAUCUGGAAAAGGUUAGAGAAUUGAGCAACCAGUUCAAGCAGGUCACGAUCCAACAUGUCCCAAGGGAAAGGAACACACGAGCGGACCUCUUAUCCAAGCUAGCAAGCACAAAACCAGGAGUAGGCAACCGAUCGCUCAUCCAAGGCAUGCUAAAGGAACCAGCAGUUACCCUCCACCUGACAAAGAUAGGCCCCUCUUGGUUGGACCCUCUCGUCGAUUUCCUGGAAAGCGGCAAACUCUCUGACGACAAAAAAGCAGCUAAAGCGUUGAGAAGGGAGGCAGCCAAAUACGCGACCAUACAGGGACAACUGUUUAAAAAGGGACUCAGCCAGCCCCUAUUGAAGUGCCUACACCCCGAGCAGACGGAUUACGUACUUAGGGAAGUGCCUACAACCCUAUCGAUGAUGGAAGAUUCCAAAAAAUUUGUGAAGAAAUGCGUCAAGUGUCAGGAGAACGCCAACUUCCACAGAACACCCGCUUCCGAACUAAGCCUACUAAUGUCCUCCCGACCCUUCGCACAAUGGGGAGUCGACCUCUUGGGACCCUUCCCGGUUGGCCUAGGGCAAGUUAAAUAUCUCAUAGUUGCCAUCAACUACUACACCAAAUGGAUAGAGGCCGAACCAUUGGCCAGUAUAUCCUCAUCUAAUUGUAGAAAAUUCAUGUGGAGGCAGGGCCUCAAGGGGCGGCUGGGUGACAAAAAAGGUGCAUGGACCGAUGAACUCGCUUCAGUCCUUUGGUCUUGCCGUACAACCGAGCAGUCCUCCACGGGAGAAACCCCCUUCCGCCUGACAUACGGGGUGGACGCGAUGAUACCCGUGGAAAUCGGAGAGCCGAGCCCGCGGCUACUUUUGAAGGGAGUAGAAGAAGCAGUUAAGAAAGACCUGGUGGAUGAGGCCAGGGAGAUGGCCCACUUGACAGAAGUAGCACUGAAGCAAAGAAUGGCCCUGCGCUACAAUGCCAAAGUGCUCAAGAGGGAGUUUGGAAAAAAUGACCUGGUCCUGCGACGCAACGACAUAGGACUUCUGACCCAAGGGGAAGGAAAACUAGCGGCAAACUGGGAAGGCCCCUACAGGGUCAAAGAGGUGCUCGGCAAAGGCGCCUACAAAUUGGAGAAGCUCGAUGGCAAGGAAAUCCCAAGAACAUAA